ACUGAAUCACUGUACAAAGACUACCGUAGAGGUUUUUUGAUCCCCGCAGCACCGCAUAAUUAGGCAUAUACCUAAACGCCCUUUUCCGGAUUCCAAGUUCGAAAGCGGCCCACAGGGAGAGCUCGUGCUUGAAACUGAAGUGAGCGGAGCAGCCAUGUUCAUUUCCAUGCUGCAGCCGCGCCUCUCGUCCCCAGUGCCAUCCCCGCCAAUCUUUUCGUUCUCCCGCAUUUCAGUAAAACGAACCAUUUGGUGCUGUGCCUCGCAGUUCCAGUUGGCGGUGGUGAAUGGGCCAGUAGACGACGGCAGGGUCUCCGAGAGGAACGUCAUCCGUGUGGGCCUCCCAAGCAAAGGCCGCAUGGCCUCCGACACGCUCGAUCUUCUCAAGGAUUGUCAACUGUCUGUCAAGCAGGUCAAUCCUCGACAAUAUGUUGCACAAAUUCCUCAGCUCUCCAACGUAGAAGUUUGGUUUCAGCGGCCAAAAGACAUUGUUCGGAAAUUGUCAUCUGGAGACCUAGACCUUGGUAUCGUGGGCUUAGAUACAGUCAGUGAAUAUGGCCAAGGGAACAAAGAUCUUAUUCUUGUUCAUGAUGCUCUUGAGUAUGGAGACUGCCAUUUAUCCAUUGCAAUUCCCAAAUAUGGGAUUUUUGAGAACAUAAACUCUCUGAAAGAGCUGGGAGAAAUGCCUCAAUGGACUGAUAAAAAGCCCCUGCGAGUUGCUACUGGAUUCACUUAUCUAGGUCCCAAAUUUAUGAAAGAAAAUGGAAUAAAGCACGUGACCUUUUCAACUGCUGAUGGAGCAUUGGAGGCAGCUCCUGCGAUGGGGAUAGCUGAUGCUAUUUUGGACCUAGUGAGUAGCGGAACAACUUUGAGAGAAAACAACUUGAAAGAAAUUGAAGGUGGAGUAGUGUUGGAAAGCCAGGCUGUUCUUGUUGCAAGCCGGAAAUCACUGAUCCAACGGGAAGGUGUAUUGAACACGACACACGAGAUUCUUGAAAGAUUAGAAGCACACUUGCGGGCAAUUGGUCAAUUCACAGUUACUGCAAACAUGAGGGGAAGAAGUGCAGAAGAAGUGGCUGAGAGAGUACUGAGCCAGCCAUCAUUAUCUGGACUGCAGGGACCCACUGUAAGUCCAGUAUUUUGUAAACAUGAUGGGAUGGUAGAAGUAGAUUACUAUGCAAUUGUUAUAUGCGUACCGAAAAAGGCACUCUACAAGUCUGUCCAACAACUGAGAGCGAUUGGAGGAAGUGGAGUUCUCAUCUCUCCAUUGACAUACAUUUUUGAUGAAGAGACUCCAAGAUGGCGUGAGCUUCUCACCAAGCUCGGGCUUUAGUCUAUUGCUGUCUAUGCCCUUGUGCGAGCUUCCAUUAAAUCCACCUGGUGAACUUAAUUGUCUAGGUAUUGGUUGAUGCAGCAUGGAAGGGGUGGAGUUUUUUCUCCGUUGACCUACAUUUUUUAUGAAGAGACUCCAAAAUGGAGCUAGUUUUUCUCAAAGCUUGAAUUUAGUCCUUUCCAGUCCAUGCCUUUUGCUCGGUUUAUUGCGGUUCUGAAUUCAGAUGUGGUGUCUGGUUGACGAUGCUCGUGUCAUUUUGAGUCGGUACUUGGUUGGGUUUUUUGGCUACAGUGUAUCAUUUGCAAAGAUACAUAGAGUAGAACAAGCCAACGCAAAAUCUAUAAUAGGUGACAGGCUGUUUUCUGUU